AGACGAGGUGGAACUCUCAAAGCCAAGAAGUAAUUAGCGGAAUAAGGUUAUCAAAAAGAGUUAACUCAACUAACAAAAUGAAUUGAUGGGUUUCCAAUUGUUCCGUUGAUCAGCAUCCAAGUAAAAUUGUACACCACAAAAUUAUCACAUUUUCUUAUCAACCAACCAUACACUUCCUACCUUAUCCUUUGGUUCCUGUGGAUCCAAAUACAAAGUCCCUAGCUUCCACACCACUGUAACCUCUACUCCAAGAACAACACCACAGGAUCUAGAAAAGCCAUUCCAUCUUCACCACCAAAAAGAAAAUAAUGGCAAUGGCCAGUGCAACAACUCCAGCCACAAUCACUGUUGUGGCCAUCUCCAGUGUUGCCAGCACAAAAAGAAGGGAGAGGAAUGUGCACUUCAUCAGAGGUUUGAAUUCCUUUGGAGGGUUGAAGGCUCAGAACAGUGUGACAUCACUAGGUCUUCCUGUGUGCACUGAACAGUGUUUUGCAAAGGUGGUGAGCUCAUUGAAAUAUCAAUCAUCAUCUAAGGGCAGAGGUGGAGGUGCUGCCUCUUCAACAUGCAAUGCUGCUGGUGAGAUUUUCCAGAUUGCAGCCAUCAUGAAUGGUCUUGUGCUUGUUGGGGUAGCAAUUGGAUUUGUCCUUCUUCGAGUUGAAGCGUUUGUGGAAGAGUCUGAGUGAGAAUUGCAUAAACUUUUAAUCAGUUUUCAUAUAUAUGUAUUUUUAUAAAGAAAAAAAAGGGGGAAAAGUUGUAUCUUUCUUUAAUUCUUGAUAUGAUGUAGAACUACAUUAUUUUUGGGGUAUCUGAAUAGUACCAUGUGAAUUUUAAUUUGGAGAGAAAAAUUGCACACAAAGUGAUCUGGCUUGUGACAUGAAAA